AGGGCUCGGGACGCACCGGCCGGGCCAGGCUGCGCAGGGCGGCCGCGGCCUGAGCGAGCCAUGGCCGAGCUCCAGUCGCUGUCGGGGGACGCGUACUUGGCGCUGAGCCACGGCUACGCGGCGGGCCUCGCCUACGGGGCGGCCCGGGGGCCUGAGGCGGGGCGCGGCUGCUGCGCGCCGGGACCGGGCGACCACCUCCCGGGGGCGCUCGCCCCGGCCGGCGCGGCCGAGAGCAGCGGCGAGCAGAGUGGCGACGAAGAGGACCCGUUGGAGCGGAGGCGGCGGCAGCGGCGCGGGCCCGGGGAGGCGGCGGACACGCGGCGGACGCCCCGGGAGCCGCGCUCCCUGCGGCUCAGCAUCAACGCACGCGAGCGGCGGCGCAUGCACGACCUGAACGACGCGCUGGACGGGCUGCGGGCCGUCAUCCCCUAUGCGCACAGCCCGUCGGUGCGCAAGCUCUCCAAGAUCGCCACGUUGCUCCUGGCCAAGAACUACAUCCUCAUGCAGGCGCAGGCCCUGGACGAGAUGCGGCGCCUGGUGGCUUACCUCAACCAGGGCCAGGGCCUGGCCGCUCCCGUGGCCGCUGCGCCCUUGGCGCCCUUCGGCCCGGCCGCCGUGUACCCCUUCUCGGCGGGCGCCGCGUUGGGCCCCUGCCCGGACAAGUGCUCCGUCUGUCCCGGGGCUCCAUCAACGCCAUGCAAACACUAUAACCCGAAGCCGUGAUGGCGACGCCCAUGCGCGCCCUCCCGUUCGUGCGACCCCUCCCCCGAGACCGCCGCCCCACCGGGCCCGGGAGAAGCGGCCGGCACUGCCUCCAGCCGCAGCGCUCUUAACAGUGUGAGGCCAAGGCGAGGGUGA